GUCCGCCCGCGCCCACCGCCCAGCCGCUCUGAGCCGGCCGCCCCCCGACCCCCAAGAUGUGGCACAACGUCGGGUUGACCCUGUUGGUGUUCGUGGCCACGCUGCUGAUCGUCCUGCUCCUGAUGGUGUGCGGUUGGUAUUUUGUAUGGCAUAUUUUCUUAUCGAAAUUCAAGUUUCUGCGGGAACUGGUGGGAGACACAGGCUCCCAGGAGGGAGAUCCUGAGCCUUCAGGGUCUGAAACAGAAGAGGAUGCUUGCUUGUCUCCACACAGGAUCAGAUCUGCUCGUCAGCGGAGGGCGCCUUCUGAGGAGGGCCGCUGACCCCGCCCCCGCCUGCCAAUGUUGACAGUCAAUGUUGACAGGCAGUGGGAGCCCCGCCUUUAAUGACUUGGCUUUGCAGUUUGCGGAAAUAUUGAAGAACCUUUGUUUUAACUGGAUGUUCAGUCCAAUUGAAAAAAAAAAAGAUUUACACGUAAGCCAUAUGAAAAUAAAGGGAAUUAAAACCAAAUCGGACCAUUGCAAAUUCCAUCUUAAAAAUAAUCUCUUGCUUUACUAGCUUUUACUUAUAUACUUAUUCCUUGGCUCUUGGGCUUCUGUUCUUGCACUUGUGUGAAUCUGUUAAACAUUAUAGUCUUGAAAAAACGCAUUUUACUAGUUUUAUAAUGUACUUUUCUCCGCCCCCCGACCCCCAACAUUUUAAUUUGUCUGAAAUGGGGAUGCAUCUCACCAACACUGUCAGCCAGGCAACAGUUGAUGUGAUUAUCCUUGCCGGUGCGUGUAUGAACUAACUCACAGCUUGUCAUAGCAUCAUCUCUGUAUUGUCGGUAUCAAAUGUGUCAGAUUCAAUUGGCAUUUAAAAAUGUGUCCUAAAACAUUACACUAUGAUUCAGCACUGAAACGCAAAGUUAUUGUGUAUGCAGAAAAGCAUGGAAACAGAGCAGCAGGGCGUACAUGUGACAGUAGUGAGGCCAACAUCCGUCCCUGGAGGAAUGACUGGAAUUCCGUGUUUUCUUGUAAAGCAACAAAAAGCUUUACAGGACCUAAGCAGGGGAGAUACCCAAAAGUAGAUGAAGCUGUACUCCAUUUUGUCACUGAGACACGUGUCAAAGGAUUGCCUAUCACAUGCCAAGCAAUGCGUUGAAGGAGGGAGAAAUUGCCAAAACCCUUGGAAUAAGUGAAAUGCAAUGUAAAGCCGGGAGAGGCUAGUGUGACCGAUUUAUGCGUGGAGCAGGAUUGUCGUUAAGGUGUCAAACGCUGUGCUGUCCAAAGCUUCCUGCUAACCUCAACCAGAAGGCGGUGGUAGAGCACUUCUCCAGGAAGUGCUGCGUCACCAGUGCGCUUGGUGACACCACGUGUGCUGUGGGGCAGAAGCACGCAGAUCUCUGAUUGGGAUUUAAGAAGUGACUCAGCAGAGUUGGACUUGGAAUAUUAAGCUAUAACUUAACCAGUUUAUUUCCUACACUUUAUGCACAAAAUUGAUGCGAUAAAAAUCUGUUUUAAGUUCUCUUUUGAUAACUGUAAAAUAAACAUUCUAUAUGUUACGAAAACAUCGUGUCAUAGUUUAAUUGCCUGUGUUUUCAUGAUACAUACGGUGCGUCUUAGAAGUGAUGUUAUCUUAAAUAAAAUAAAAAAUAGUUUGUAAAUGUAUUUAUUUUUUCUGGGAUAGCAAUUAGUUAUUGGGGAACUUAAUUCUGACUCUUACAAUGUUGUUAACAUAGUUAUCCUCCGUGAGUUAACAUUUUUUGGUAACCUAUUCCAGACUUUAGAGUAAUAACUUAGGAAUGUCAGAGCUAUCUUCUACUUUAGGAAGAGUAGGAUCAGUUACUCCCUUGUAUGGGACGACUUCAUGCUCAAGGCACAUGUUGUGGAAAAAAUACUUCUUCACAAACAGCAGUUCGGUGACAAGAUCUCAGAGACAAUGAUAGGCAAAAUCGUGUGUUCGUAUGCCCGCUUCUCACUGUAAAAUGACUCUUGCCAGGUUUGUUCGCAUGUUUGUCUUCACUGAACUUUGGACAGUGAUUUGUGGGGGAGAGAAAUAGGGAUUAAAAAACCAUCCUGUUUAAGUAUCACCUGCCUUGUAUGAGUGAAUUGCAAAGCCAACUUAAUUUAUUCAUCCAAGGUCUUUUCAUGUUUUUAACCUUUGUUUCUAAAGAACUAGUGCACAGAAUGUCACCUCUAUUUUACGAUGGUGUGCAAUUAUGUUUGGUAGCUCAUACUUUUGAUACUGAUAGUUGUGCUUGUUAAUUAAUAGUUCACUUGCUCUGCUUCAAGUGGUAUUCCUGACAAACACCUCUGCUGUCAUUGCAGCCCUUUGUGUAUGCUAAAAGGGAAUUUAGGGAGCUUGACUUUAGUUGUAAAUAUUUGAUCCCCAGCAGCUGAGUGGGGCCUAAUCAUUCUGUCUUCAUUUCUUUAUUGGAUGCAAUUUUCUAUUUUGAUGUGACUGUAGGGAUUAAAAAAUCAAUGAAACAACUUUUAAGCAUUAAUUUUAGUGCUUUAUACUAGCAAAAAAUACCACAUUAAAGCGAUCAUCUGUUAGGGAAGAAAAAAAUGCCUAAAAAGUUUCUUGCUGGAGAGGAUAUUUAAAUUAGAUCUUUCAUAGUCGAUAUUUUGAGCUGUGGAUUCUGCUUUGUAGUGGAUCUCUUAGAUUUAGAUAACAAUAGUUGCUGACUAAGUAGCUGGGGAACCUCCAUACUGUGCUAGUAUUAAGGAAUGAUGGUCCCUGCAACGCCCCAAAACCUGCAAGGGUCAUCCACAAAUUAAAUGAGGCCAUAGAACGGUGUACAUGUUGGUAUUUCUUCAUAUUUAUGCUUCGAGGAUGUCUUUUUAAAUAGAAUUUUAACAAAUGUUCUGCUUAACUCAUUUGGGAGAUGUAUCCAAAAGCAUUAAUAGCUCACACCCUAGCAAUGUUUUAUGUCUUUGGAGGGCAAAAAGAAAUCACUAAGACCAAUGUGAAAAUUCUACAAAUGAAUUCCUUUGUUCAAAAUCUUUUUUACCCCCCCCCCGUAACUGUCUUUCCCCCAUACAUUCCCUAUGGUACAUAUUUCUAUGUCUACUAAGAGAGGCAAGAGAAAUACUUGUUAACAGAAUUAUUUGCGUGGUACGUUGUUUCUGUUCUUUUUCCUGUUUUGGAGCUUUUGUAGCUGAACUUGCCAGAACUUCAAAGGGCAUUUUUAAUUUCUCAGUGGGAGACGGAGUCACUGGUGGUUAACUUUACAGCUUAGGACAUUCUGAGUAUGAAGGACACAUACAAGUAUUAGUCUUGUCUGAAUACUGAUUAACAGUAAUGCUGAUCAAGUAUGCCAUCUUUUGAGGAGAAAUUCUAAAAUUGAGCGCGCUGGUCUCAGUUCAUUUCCUUCCCAACCAACCAUUUUGAAAUCUUUCUCUUUGCCUCUAAACGCCUAUGAAAAUUGCUGGUAUCAAAUGUAUUGGUAGCAUUGAUCUGACUUAAAUGCCAAAAAACACGAAAUAUCUGUGUAGCACUAUUAAAUGAGGUUUUUUUCUUUUUCUUUUUCUUUCUUUUUUUUUUUUUAAGUAUUUACAUCAAGUUAAAAACCAUCCAGUGGAUUUUGUAGUAUUGUUAUCCUGGUGGAAACACAAAUAUGUUAUUAGGUGGAUGGCCAAUUCACACAUGUGUUGACCCAUUUCUUUAGAUAUUAGGUUUAAAAAUAGCUUCAAAAUUAUUUUGUUGAAAGUUGGGAAUAUAUUAAGUAAUGAUUUCAAAAAUAUGGCAUUUCAAACUAAAAUGUGUUGAAAGUCGUGAAAGUAGUGCAUUUUCAUUUUAAGAAUAACAUUCUUUGAAGUUAAGUCAACUAUGCAGUAUUUGUUGAAGUCAGUUUUUCUGAAAAGUUAUGUUUUAAUGUAACGUGUAACAAAUGUAACUUUAGAUUUUAACUGGUAAACUUUUCUAUUUGAUGUUGACUUUAAAAAGCCAAUGAGUAGUACUCAAAAAAUAGAGACCCGCAAGCAGCUAAUGGAGUAGUAUUUUGUUACAGAGCAUAGAAUCAAAUCACCUGGUAUUGUCUGCUUCUAAAGCUCUUAUAGCUUUUAACUUAAAGCAGAAAGAGUACCAUUUUCUCUUAAUAAAAGUUACAUUUUCUCUUUGUUAAUGUACACGUGCUGCCAGGUUUCUGAGCCAUGUUUUGCAUUACCUUCCAGGUCAGUUCUGUGCAUAACCUCUCACCAAAUACUGCUGCUGUGGUUUCUCAAAGGAGCCAGUCUGUGCUGUGCUCUGAUGCAUUGCUGUCUUGCUGC